GGGGGGGUCUGUAUUUGGUUGACUUUGGGCUAAACCCAUUAUAAAUUCUGCCAUUUCUCCAUUGGAAGGGGCUCAGAUAUCCGCAGCAUAAUUGGAGAUGGUUUGUUCUGGGGCGUGGCCUUGUGUUUUGGUUGUCCAUUGGGGGCCUCUGCGCCUCACAAGUGGUGGUGUUCGACUUGGGGGACAAGUGGGGGAAGAUGUCUUGGGCUCCUUCCUCCCUGGAGGGCAGCGCUCGGCACAGCCGCUUCUGGUCCCACGCGGACUCCGAAGAGACGACGAUGGAUUCGGAGGAGGAAGGCGAAAGGGAAUGGCUCUGUUCAAGCCUCCAGUUUGCUGCCCCAGAGACCACUGCCGCAGAUGGCAGGGUCAUAGUGCACAUCGACCUGGAUUGCUUCUACGCACAGGUGUUCACCAGAAGUAUUUGAUGGUCACUUGCAAUUAUGAGGCCAGAAAGCGUGGGGUUAGUAAACUCAUGUUGUUCAACGAGGCCAAAGAGAAAUGUCCUGAGCUGGUUAUGGUCAACGGGGAGGAUUUGACCCCUUACAGAGAAAUCUCAUACAAGGUCACAGAAUUACUGGAGGAGUUCAGUCCGCUCGUGGAGAGACUUGGCUUUGAUGAGAACUUUAUUGAUGCAACUAAAUUGGUGGAGAAGAGACUGGGACAGAUAGGAGGUGGCAGAGACCCCACAGAGAUCUAUGUAUCUGGUCACAUCUACAACAACCAGGCUUUAGACACCAGCGACGGGAAGCAGGUGCGGUUGGCGCUGGGCUCCCAGGUUGCGGCUGAGAUGCGGGCUGCGUUGCACAAUCGUCUGGGGCUGACGGGCUGUGCUGGAAUCGCCUGCAAUAAGCUGCUGGCUAAAAUGGUCUCCGGCACCUUCAAACCCAACCAGCAAACCACACUGCUUCCAGACAGCACCUUGCAGCUCAUGAGGAGCCUUACGCAACCCCAGCAAUUAAUUGGAAUUGGGUAUAAAACUGCCAAGCGGCUGGAGGCUCUGGGAGUCAGAACGUUGUCUAGUCUGCAGACAAUCCCCCUGCAUGUGCUGGAGAAGGAACUGGGAUCAUCUGGUGCUCAACGCAUCCAGAGACUGAGCCUUGGAGAGGAUAAAUCUCCUGUGACUCCCAAGGGACCACCUCAGUCCUUCAGUGAUGAAGAUUCCUUCAGGAAAUGCACCUCAGAGGCCGAAGUUAGAAGUAAAAUUGAAGUGCUGCUGACGAGUCUUCUCAACAGGCUUCAGAGAGCUGGACGGACUGCACGGACAGUACGGCUGACCAUUCGCCGUAUCCCUACCAACAGAGGGUUUAACUACCGGGAGAGUCGCCAGUGUCCGGUUCCCUUGCAGCUGAGACGAAAACUGAGCGAAGGUAGCCACGAUGCCAAGUCCGCACUGGUCGAGAUCCUGAUGAAGCUGUUCUGGAGGUUGGUGAACGCUGAGCUCGGCUUCCACCUAACUCUAAUCAGCGUCUGCUUCUCCAACCUCACCCAGCCUGUAGCCUCGGCCUCCGCCCCAGGCUCUAUCAGCUUUUACUUAACACAAAACACAAAUCCGGGCGGGCCAGCAGGAAGAGGAGGGCUGGUGUCCAAUCGAAAAGGCACCAGUUUAGGAGAUAGCACUGAUUUAGGAGACACCAAUGGGAACCGUCUGGCAUUUGCUCCGGGAACAUUGGGACGCAGUAACAAGCUGGUGUUAUCACACCGUGACCUCCCGCCUGGGAUUGAUCCAGAUGUAUUUAAGGAACUUCCAACUGAGCUCCAAAUGGAAAUCCUCGCUGACGCUGGUGGGGAGCGGGCCCAGAGGAGCAAGCUUGGUAUUUGCCGUGAUCUCUUCACACAACCUGAGCAGGGUGAGGUCUCCACACAUCCCACAGGUCCAGCUGAGAGCAGGUCCUGCUCGGUGCAGAGUGCAGCUCAGGGGGAAGUGGCACAGGUGAAGAAAAGUCAGCCCACUCCUUCCAGGACACACACUGGUUCAGAGGACCGGGAUCCCCUACUGUGCUCAGUUGAGGUUCCGUCUGGUGUGGACCCGGGGAUCUUCUCACAGCUGCCCCCCGGGCUCCAGAAGGAGUUGCUGACAGGCUGGAGGCAGCAGGCUGCAGGGCCCAUAGCGAGAAGUGGGAAAGGGGAAUCUGGCCGAGGAGUCAAGCGAGGCCGGAGGUCCAGCCAGGACCAUGGGAUCCUUAAGUACUUUAAACCAAGCUGAAGUGUGAACUGCUGUCAGGAGUCCAGUGCUCAGAGCUGUCACGCGAACAGGAUUGACUUCUUCAUAUACAGCAGAGUCUAGAACCUGGAAGAUGAUGCUGGAUUAGUGAUGGCUUAUUCGAGCAUGAAAACCGGUCUCGGUUGACUUGGGAGCCCAAGACGGCAGCGCAACGGGAGUUAGUUCGAAAGCCACCAUUGCUCAGAAGUCGUGGGAGUUCGACACAGCUUAACACCGUCACUUAAACAAGAUGACUUUGGGAAACGCAGCAAUUUUGUCCCCGCAACUCUCGGCCAAGUUAGUCAGUUGGCAUUGUGCGGCUUUUAAGCGGUAGGUGGGGAAUGUCUUUCUGCUGCUAAUCAGCGAACUGAAUUACACCCCUUGGUCUUUGCUUCUGUGUUUACUAUCGAAUUUCCUGCGGAAUUCAGGAAAGCGUUUAAAUGCAGCUUUCCGCUGAUCUUCAUUUAUAUAUACGGUGUAUAUUAAACCCGGGCUUGCAGCAUGGCCGAACCAAUUGUUCAAACAUACUAAGCCGCGUUCAAUUGCCAUUUCUUGUACGGUAAGGAAACCUCGUCGUGUAGUUCCUUGUACCUAAAACACACAGUGGCGCACAGCAGGUGCCCCACAAACAAGAGAGGUGGGAGUGCGAGCACCAGAGGAGGAGGGAGUCGGCGUGAGAACAAGUGUUUGGUUUUAUUCACAAUAUUUACAGAUACAAUAUUUACAAUCCACUGCCUUUCUCUCCCUCACCCUUUUUUUUCCCCUUUCCUGAGAGUCCGAGAGAGAGAGAAGCUUUUACAGCACAGGGGGGGGAGGCCAUCCAGACCGUCCUGUCCUGUCCGUGUGGGUGUUGGCUGACACCCCCUGAGCGGGUCCCUAUGUAUCACCUCUGUGCUGCCUCU